AUGAGACUACUAGGAACAUGGGGUACAGAAUUUGAAAUAUUAGCAGCUUGUGAUUUAUUACAAACAGAUAUUUAUAUUUUUACUAAUAAUAAAUGGGUGAAAUAUCCUGUAUUACAGAUUAACAAUAGUUAUACACCAGAAGCUAUUUAUUUACACCAUAAAGAUGAGAAUCAUUAUGAAGUGGUUGAUAAUGUUGAGAGAAGUGAACCUACUUUAAUUGAUAAUAAUGUUGAUAUACAAUUAUCAGGUAAAAGAAAAUAUUUGAAAAAGAAACGAGGUAGUAGAUGGAAACCUAAUAAAAAGCGAACUAAUUAUUUUCAAAACUAUAAUUUAGUAAAGAAAGAACUAAAUUCUGGACAAAAAGUCAGAUCAAACUGGAAACUUGCAAAUAGAACCAAAAAAGAAAUUUAUAAUUUGAAUAAAAGGAGGAGAAAACAAUAUCAGAUUAGUUAUAUUAAAGCUCAUUUAAAAAGAAAAUAUACAAAUCAAUUAAGGUCUAUACUACAUACUCAAUAUGAAACAAUAUUAAAACCAAAACUUGAAGACAAAUACCAAAAUGUAUUAAAACCAAAACUUGAAGACAAAUAUCAAAAUGUAUUAAAACCAAAACUUGAAGACAAAUAUCACAAU